AUGCUUAGAAGAAUCAUCAUUGAGAAGGAAACUAAAGUACCGAAUGCUGCCAUUUUCACUGUCAAUAAGGAAGAUCACACUUUGGGUAAUUUGAUUAGAUGUCAAUUGUUGAAGGAUCCAAAUGUUAUAUUCGCUGGUUACAAAGUACCUCAUCCAUUGGAACACAAAUUCAUCCUUAGAGUGCAAACAGUUGGAGAUUAUACUCCUCAAGAUGCUCUGAAAAACGCACUAAGUGAUCUGAAUGCGGAAAUUUCUUAUAUCGAAGAAAGAUUCAAGAGAGCGAUUACUGAUCAAAAUGAGAAUUAAUCUAUUAUUCAAUCAACUAUGAAUCUUUGUUCAUCAACCAUCUCGUUAAAAUGAAUAACCGGCCUAUGGUUAAUUUGUUAUGCCAGAACUAAGACUUGUCAAUAAUGUCAUUAAUUCACACUUUGCGAUUCUUGUGUCAUUUCCAGAAAAGGUUAAGGUAUUAAUACAAGUUUAUUUUUUGCUCAUUCGAUUCUAUCAUGAAAUUACUAUCAACAGUUAAUUGGAAAUUAGUUAACUAACAAUAAAACUGUAACGUUCAGAAGAA